AUGGAAUCAAAAAGAAAAGGAAACACAGCAACAGAAAAUGAUGCAUCAAAAAAACAAAAAACAGCAGAAGUACAAGAUGUAAAGACUGCUUUAAAUACCCAAGUUCCACAAAAUUUAGAUGGUACUCAAUUUUUGAUUAAAUUGGUUAAUACUCGUGCCAUGUCAAUUAAAACUAGAGAUGAAAUUAUCUUUAGUUGUGAACGUACUGACAAUUUAACCAAAGUUUUCAAAGGUUUAAUUGAAAGAGGGUUCCUCUCCGUCCCGGUAUUCCAACAAACUGAUAAAAAGAAAUGGUAUGGUUUCAUUGAUUUAUUAGAUAUUGUAAGACAUGUAACUACUCAUUUCGGAAAAGAAAAAAUGUCAAUUGAACAAGAUUUCUGGAAAUUAUCAGAGGAGGAAGAAAAAUUCAAAACCCUUACUGUUAAUGAUGAUAUCCACACACCAAAUCAAAUAGAUUUAACCCAAAUUACUCAAAACUAUUCACUUUUCUCAGCUUUUGAAAUUUUUGCAAGAGAUCCAAUGGUACAUAGAAUCCCAAUUCUCGAUAAUAUGGUUAAUAGACAUUUGGUUUCAAUCUUAACCCAAUCCCAAUUAAUCAAAUUUGUCUACGAAAACCUCCCAUUACUUGGCUCAAAGAAAGAUUUAUUAGUUAAAAACAUGACUGGAAUUAGUAUGGGUAAUGUCAUUACUGUUGAAUCCUCAACAUUAGCUAUUGAUGCAUUCAAGAUCCUUGAGAAUAAAGAUGUUAAUGGUAUCGCUGUUGUUGAUGGUAAUGGUGCUUUAAUUGAUAAUCUUUCAGCCCGUGACCUUAAAGCAAUUGCAACUGAUGGUGCAUUCUUCUGGAAGCUUUAUAAACCAGUUGAAGAAUUUUUGGGAUACCUCAAAACCGACUCUGUUACUGUUAGACCAAGACAUGCCCAAUUCAUCUUAGAAAGUGACACUUUUGAAACAGCAUUAACAAAGAUUUUCACAAAUUCUAUCCAUCGUCUCUUCAUCGUAGAUAGUCUCGAAACUAAAAAACCAAUUGGGGUCAUUUCAUUAAGUGACUUAUUGUUACAAUUAUUCCCAUAG